GCGUAAAACAGAAGCUGGGCAAUAGAAAAGGCAAACAGCGCACGACUUUGCCCGGAGCCAAAACAGAGUUGCCUUUUGUGCCCGUCUGGCAAUUGGCCAAGUUAAUAAAGAGCGUUAGCGAGCGCGCCGGCAGACGCCGAUAAUGACGUUGCUGCAGCAGCAGCUGCUUCUGAUGUUGAUGAUGACGCUGCUAACUUGGUUAUUGCUGCCAGCAUAAAAACUGUCAGGCAGGCAGCCAGAAAGUCAGACAGCCAGACAGACAGACCUAAAACAAAAGCGUUCCCCGUUACGCCCAGCCGACCGCCGCGGCCCCCACGUUCCGGUCCGGGCCAGGACCAGGCUUACUGCAUUUCCGGUUGUUGUUCCUGCCGCCGCUGUCGCCAACAUCGCCAUGCCACUCCAUAUGGCCCAGAGCAUCUGCGUGGCCUGGCUGCUGCUACUCGCUGUGAUUGUCCUGAGCGAUAUGACAAAUGGCGGCGUGCAUGGACCCAUCGAGGGCUAUAACUCGUUGGAUGAGCUGACUACAAUGCCAGCAGGGCUGGCCACGAUGCCAACCGCCGCCUACACGCAUCCCAAAUGGAUGGAGCCAUAUUUUGAUCCCUCAACGCCGCGCAAUGUCACCGCCCUUAUGGGCAAAUCCGCGUAUCUCAGUUGCCGCGUUCGCAAUUUGGCCAACAAAACGGUCUCCUGGAUACGGCAUCGGGACAUACACAUAUUGACAGUGGGCUCCUAUACGUACACGUCCGAUCAGAGGUUUCAGGCCACACAUCAUCAGGACACCGACGACUGGACGCUGCAGAUAAAGUGGGCCCAGAAGCGAGAUGCGGGCAUGUACGAGUGCCAGAUAUCAACGCAGCCCGUUCGCAGUUAUUUUGUACGUCUGAAUGUUGUCGUGCCAACGGCGACCAUACUUGGCGGACCUGACCUUCACGUUGAUAAAGGCAGCACCAUAAAUCUCACUUGCACUGUAAAGUUCAGUCCCGAGCCGCCGGCCUACAUAUUCUGGUACCAUCACGAGGAGGUCAUUAAUUAUGAUUCAUCAAGAGGCGGCGUGUCGGUAAUUACCGAAAAGGGCGAUGUGACAACCUCAUUUCUGCUCAUACAGAAUGCAGAUCUGGCCGAUUCCGGCAAAUACUCGUGCGCCCCCUCGAACGCAGAUGUUGCCAGUGUGCGUGUGCAUGUUCUAAAUGGUGAACAUCCGGAGGCAAUGCAAACUGGCUCAUCCGGCUGCCAGUACAAUUGGCUGACAAUUGUCAUGCUGCUGGGCCUGGUGCUCGGUUACAGUCAGCGGCAGCAGCAACAUUGUGCCACACUCGCCACAUGGGGCACUCGCAGCCGAGACGUCACGCUCGCGGCCAGUGAAAGUGACAUUCGAGGAACAACAACAUCAUCAGCAGCAGCAGCGGCAACAGCAGCUGCGAAACGUGCUACUACUGGCGGCGGCCUUGAAGCGUCGACUGCGGUUAGCCGCAGCAGCAGCAGCAACAGUCGACAGGCGUGCCACGCCCACGCCCUCGCCUACGCCCAGGCUAAACGCUGCUGCCACAGAUGAUCGCAUGCAGCCGGACUAAACAGCGCGAACUAAGCAGCCACAUGAAAUGUGUGCGCCAAUGUAUCCACAAUGUGCAUCAGAAAUUACAGCUUUAAUUACGUUUCAUUUGAUUUGAUUCGAACUUUAUGUUUGUAUACCCUUAUAGAGGAUAUUAUACAUAUUUUAUGAAAUGUGUAACGCGUAGCAGGAGAUAUCCCCGACACCAUAAAGUGUAUAUAUUUUAGGUCAGCAUCGACAGCCGAGCAUAUGUUGCCAUGUCCGUCCGUCUGUCCCUCUCCCCCAUUUUCUAUGUCUCUCAGUUAUAUGUUUUAUGCUAUAGGAAAGAUUGGUGGAAUAGUAGGAUCUCAAAUACAAACUAUUCUGUUUUCAAAGAUAUUAUUUUAACAAACUCAACAAUUUUGAGCUGCUCACAUAUCCACAAAGGGAAUAUGUCAUCAAGGGUAUUAAAUCAUCGGAUAGCCUUACUUUCGUGUUUUUAGUUAUAUUUGGACGAGUUAAAUAAAUAUAUUUUUAUGUUUGCCAUUUGAUUCUGUUUGACUGUGAAUUCUAUAAGUUAAUUUAAUUUGAAGCCACUUGAUGUUGGAAUUUGCAUUUCGCACAGGACAAUGCGAAUUGCUAACUCAAUAAAAAUUCUGUUGACACGCCACAUAAAUGGCGCAUACAUUUUAAUCAAUUGGCAUAGAAAAAAAUUC